UUGAUGACCGGCGGCCUGCCGGCGUUGCACAUGCGCGUCGCGUUCUCAUGGCGCGGGCUGGCGGGCUGCCGGCGCGGCGCGUGCGCAUCACGUGGAUCCCCGCAUGUCCGCCGGCAUGGCCCAUGCGGACUGUGUCUGUUCGAGGCCAGGCAGUCGGGCUGCCGGCGCCGCCCAUGCGCCGCGUGUCCAGUGACCAGGCCCCGAGCCCGGGCCGAUCCCACGGGCGGCCCAGGCCCCCGUCCCCCGCGGCGCCGGGACUACCAGGACGAUCAAUGGCUGCGGCAGCCGAGGCCGAGCACAGAACUCCGUCUGCUUCUGUCAAGUCGUGUCUGCUCAACCACAAGGGCCACGAGAACACAAUGCCAGUCAUUCCACACGGCUCUGACCUGCGCCAGCAGUGGUUUCAUUGCAUCAGGCACGUUGCAGACUUCAGGACUUGAUAUUGGAUCCUAAUGUGUCAGAUGUGGAAAGGAGAGGGAGCCAAAGCCUUCAAUCUGGCUCACUGGUGUUGGAUUGCUCCACUGUGCUACACAUGCCAACAAUACAAAACAUUGACAUCAGUCCACUCAGCCGAAAGGAUUAGCAACGACUGGGGCUGUGGAAUUUAUUGGAUAUGAAUAUUCUGGCAACAAGAAAUGUACUUAAUGGAAGAUUUGAGCCAUUGUGCCGUUUAAAAAUAGAAAAUAUGAUUGUUUGAGUGUACACAAGAUAAGGUUCCUCAUGGCCACUAUCAUUGUUGAUGUUAAUUACUUCACAAAGAGUCAUCCAGAAUGGAGACCGGCCCUCCACGCCAAACAAGAUUCCCCAUCUCAACCAGUCCCAUUUGGCCACGUUUGACCCAUAUCCUUCUAAACCUUUCCUAUAAAUGGCCCUGUCCAAAUGUAUUUUAAAUGUUGUUAUUAUACAUUACUCAAUUACAUCCUCCAGC